AAAGGGAAGCCUCUUGAGAAUGAAGAGCUAUGACAGGACAAAUGAGGACGAUAUCAAAAAUCACUUUGGAAAAUGCUGGAGGUUUUUCAGGAUACGGAAAUCAACGUGAGUCUUCUCUACUUAGAAACGCUCGUACUCAGAGAUGUGAGCAUGCGACGACAGAACUACUGGGAGAUUGCAUUCGGUCACGAUGCGAGCGGCAAAGAGACUUCAUUGGGAAACUCGACCAUCAGCAUCAUUCUAGUUGCAACUCCGGGCUGGCUUUCAUCAGCUGUCUCACGGCGCUCGCGGUUUGAGCUCCUGCCGUUGUACGCGCAGUUAGCUGCUGGUUCCAAAGAGCAGCCAUCACACAUCAUUGACAGCAUAUCUACCAGGAAACGGUUACGGAUCACGCAAGCAGAAGUCCAAUCGCCCUUCGCCGCCAACCAGAGCGCAGGCCGAGCAGAUUUGCACCUCAGAAGGCGAAUAACUUUGACAGGUCGUCUGAAAACGACGUUUUCCAGCUUCGCGGAGACUUCUGCCGAUGAUCGACGUGGAUGCGAAGGAGGCCGUCGACUGCUUCUUGAGUGUCUGCGAUCACCAUGGAGGUACCCGGUGCUGAGAGUCGCGAGGUGGCUGACCAGCCAUUCUUGAUCCAGCAAGCCAGUGCCCCACGUCCCGGAAAGCCGCCCGUCACGAAAGUGUGUUACGUGCGCGUGGCCGACUGCUCGUCCGUUCCACCAUGUGACGCCAUCGCCUACGUGCAAGCGUCGUUCGUUCUCGCCGACGAACGUAGCGGCAAGCAGUUGUUGGACUUGCCGUACAUGGGCAUACAGAUGCUGGACGCAGACCUGAAUACAGGCACGGUGACAAUUGUCUAUCAACGAUUUAACGAUGGCGAGAAUCCAGUUCAGACUUGGAUCAAUCUGCAGUGUCCAGUGCAGGAGAUAGUGGAGAUGAGAUGUGUGCUGGACUUCAUACGCGAUUACAUGUUCUACAUGAGGCCUGCUCCCCUCCUGGAGUACUAUUCGGCAACCGGUGAAUCGCAGCGUCACACUUACAUCAUAAACUGGCCAGAAACCGUGACGAGUACGAAUGCAGCGUUGGCGGAGCUGGAUCGUAAAUCGCUCCUAAAGGACGGAAAGCGCGUGUACGAGUACACAGCCCCAGAGCUGCUGGCCAAGAAGACAGCCUCUCUACCGUCUUCGUUCAGGACGGUCUCUUCACCGGCGCUUCUACAACCUAGCGUGACGACGAUCAGGCGUCCCCAGCGACCAGUCAUACAGCCGCCCCCGCCGCCAAGGGCGAAACGGGCCGGCGGUGGAGGCACCGCCAUGCUAAAUCAGGGCGCUGUAACGCAGUCGCCGUCCAGACCUACUCGAUCACCUCCCGUUAGUCCACCAGUGGCCAGUCCCAAUCGGACCGACACCUCGUCAAAGCCCUCCUCUCAUGCACAACUAGGCGGCGGUGAUAAUGGUGUUUUCGUCGAGGACCUGUGCGCUCGGCUGCAGUCACUACCGCUGUCAAAGGCACAGCCAGAUCCGCUCACGCCUGGUAGGAAGGAUAAACACCCCUUGCCCGCGGUCCCCUCACAUUCACACUCAGCCGACUCCAAGCCGAGCCCCGCGGCGAGACAGCACUCGCGACCUCCAUCCCUGCCGAUUGCGUCCACGGUAGAUCUGCCUCGUUUUAAACCAGGUGAUGCUGUUAACCAGAGAGCGGCAAGGAGGUCUGGACCAAAGACAGAGCAAAGUCGGCCCAAGCCCAAACCGAAGACAAUGCCGAAACCGAAUGGGCCACCACCGCCCGCACCGAAAGGCGUUCAUAAGCGACACUCGGCAGGGGGCGUUCAGCGUCAUCUUCCCACAAGUCCUACUAAGCAUGAAGACAUAAGCUCUCCGCGAACUGCUUCAGUGCCGAGGCCAGACGGUCCUCCACCGUCAGCACCGAAGGUCGUUCAUAAACGACACACUGUAGGAGAGUUCCCGCGUCGCCUUCCCACUAGCCCUACGGAGCACGGAGAGUUAAGCUCGCCGCCGACAGUUGUCAAGGCGACACGACCGCAGCCAACCGUGUUCAUACCCCCGUCGCCACGCGGACAUCCACCACCGCUGUCGUCCAGUGUUAAGUCUCCCAGCGCGCCCAAGGCCGGCAGUCCACUCGUGCAGCACCUAGCGCAUGGGGUUGUGCCGACGAGCCCUGCCAGGCGAGAACCAGCCUCGCCGCAAUCAUCGACACUGCAGGGUCACAUGACCCGCUCACGCCUUGACGAUGACCAUGACGACGAGCGCCAUGACGACUAUGAAGAAAUGGCAGCUGUUCCCAUGGAGACAAGUGUCAGGAGCGGUGACGUUCUUCACUCACGUGCCGAUACCGCAACAACUUCAUCGACACCAACAUCCGCGUCCACUAACCUGUCGCUCUUCUCCGCACCAGAUUACGAAUGUGCCGACACUGAGCCAAGAGAAGACUACAUGCAACUGGAGCAGAAUGUCGUCGUGCCCGGUGAAAGCCCACUGGCAAACCCACAGCCACCAUUUGUGCCGACGCAACCGACCAGCGGCGUCCACAGCUCUGGCGGGAAAUCCCGAGGCUUCUCGCUCGUCUUAAAUGAUAUCGAUCACUUGGAAACGCUCAUGGAAAGAAGCGGAGAGUUCCUGCCCCCGAAAAGCCGGCAUGCUGGAUCAUCUGCAUCGCUACCACGACAACAGCCCAUGCCACCAACAGACGAGUUGCUCGGCGACGAGUAUGAACUCAUGGAAGACUGGGCGAAGGAGAAGGGGACCAAGGGCGACAGAUCCUCGUCGACCUGCGAGUAUGUCGAUGAGGAUGAGAUCGUCGCGGCCCGUAACCAUGACAACGAUGGUGACUACCUGUAUCCGGUUAAUGAACGCGGGCAGCAGGCAUACUAUCCACCCAGCAUGGCCAAGGACACGGACGCGGACCACUCCGUCAGUGCCAAGCAUCUCGGACACCCAGGCGGAAAUGGCAACGCAAGUGCUGGCAACAAUGUAGCCGAAUGUGACAGCCCGCACGGCGAUGACUGGGAGAUGAUCUAUGAAGACGUGGUGGCUGAUUUACAUGUUAGCAAGGACGCAAGUGAAGCCGCUGUUCCUUCACAACCACCACCACCACCACAACCACCCAGUGGACAUGUGCCUCCACUGCCGGAGAACGUGACAAUGGUGUCCAGGGCGGCGCCGUUAGAACACGACGAAGACUCGGAUAGGAAUGAUGUUCCCUACGAAGUGAACGACUUGGUUGCCAAAGAAGACUGUAUCGCAUUGGAUCCCUAUCACGAUUACGAGGAGAGCAAUAUCCACUACGGCGUGAGGGACUUAGAUGUCACGUUGCAAGCUAGCAGAAGCAGUGUUGGCCAGGCAGGCAACACCAACGCCAACACCGCAACCCAGUCAGGUCACAGGAAAAAGCGUUCAUUCAAGGGCGAGCAAGGGUACAGCGUCGUGAAACGAAGCGACGGCGAUGGCAAGAUGCAAGAGGAAGCGCCGCCACCGCUGCCGCCACCACUACUACCGCCGACAACACCAUCUCCACCAACACUGCCUCCUCCAACACUGCCACGGCCGCGCGUGCUGCCCAAGCCCUACAAGAAAUCCAAAUCGACCAGCCACGCAGCCGUCCCUUUCCAGCCGCGCCAACGCCAAGACCAGGCGAUGCCUAGCUCCUCCGACGUCUCUUCCAAGACGGCACAAUGGAACCAGCUGUCCUCAAUGGCUCGCCAUGACCCAUAUGCUACGAUGCCCGCGUGGCAGCCAUCGGAAUCUGGUGGUGAGGUGCCCAAGAAGCGGCAAGCACCCAUCCCAAACUCGUACUCAUUGCCAGGGCGAAAGAAACAAAUCAUACAGCCAGCACCAUCCGUGCCUCGGGCCGAGCCCGAAGCUACGUUCUGCCGGCCGGACAUGCGUCACUUUCAGCGACAGAUGCCGCCGCAAGAAUCACCUGUCCACACUGAUUCCACAGUCAAGAAUUCACCGACAACACCGCCCAGCGGAGGACCUGUGCCGAAACAGAACAGCAGCCGGACACCGACGCAAGCCGCAGCCAGCGCUAGCAACGCCGUCCUGCACACGGCGCAGAUCCUGUGCACGGUACAGGACGGCCGUACCGGUAUGGACACAGCACACAGCCUGGGCAAUCAUGGACGUGUUGACGCAGGCACCAACUCUGCUGGGUCUCAUGCUCUCAUAGCCGAGAUGACAGCCAACGUUGAGCAGCGGAAGAAGACGGCGCCGCCAGUCGUCCGACCGUACAAAGCGAGUCGCACACCCACCAGCACAGGUGGCAUCUCGGAGCCUCAUUACCAGACAGUGGGAACGACAAGAUUGCCAACCAACCCGGUUCGGCCCGCGACCCAAGUGACGUCACCACGCCAUUCGGGCCCUCGCCCCCUGCCCGCCUCUCCUCCGAGUUCGAACUGGAACCACGGCGAAUGCAGGGCCCCCGCACUUGGCGACGACUUUCUGAGGGAGGAGCGAAGAAAGGCACGCGAUUACGGCGGCCUGCACAGCACUACGUUAUAAUUGAAACAUUGGAUUCCGCUUGCUGCAGUCAUCAGUCCGUCGCCACCUGAUGACUCCUCCUCGGUACGCCCGUGUGAGGAUUAGUAGACGCAAAGCGAAUGUAAGAUUUCCGUCCGCAAGCAACGCUUUUCAAUACAGUACCAUGCACUACGCCCGUCCGGAGAUGAUAGCAGGUCCUGAGCGAAUCAACGGCGCUCAAGUCGCGAGCAGCAUCGGGCGUGACUCUUCACACGUCUGUCCUCACUGUAGCCAUGCACUGGUAGUACUUGAGCUAGCUAACUGCUGCUUAGUUGCCUUGGCGCCGCUCACAAUCGUACUGGUGUUCUGUAACAAAUCACACAACCGUGCCCCGUGUGCGCAAUUCCUGUUGCUCGCCAGCACGCGCAGCAAUGAGGAUUUUAAACCGUCUGCGUGCAUGGAUUUUAUACCGUCUGCUUGAGAUUUUCUUUGCAACACUUUUUCUUUUUCUUUGCAACACUUUGCAACACAAGCUAAUACUUUCUCUUGCAAAACUUCUCGGAAAAUUUUUUGUUAUGUUUGUCCGCUGUCCACUCCUGUCAGGCUGAUGAAUUUUUUUCUUACAGCUACGUUUUCGUUGAGUUUCAAAAUCCUGUAAUCCGUGA